AUGUCACUGAAUCAACCACAAACAGAAAUUGAUUCAACAACGUUGCAGCUCGUCCAUGAUGAACUCCGACAACAAAAGGCAAAGCUCGAACGGAAUAUUCAACAACUCGGAAAUGAAAAAUCAGAAUUAGUGGAAACACUACAAUCUCAUACAGAUACCAUACAAAUGUUGCAAGAAAGAAUCAUGAGUGCUCAGACCGAUCUUGUAGAUUUAGAAGAGAGUCUUUAUCAACAAAUUAAGAAGGAACAGCAGCGUUUGUUGGAAGAGGAGGAACAAGAACGUCGGAAAAGGGAAGAAGAAAAUUAUCAAAGGAAGAAACAGGAAGAAGAGAAAAAGACUCAAUUACAGUCGAGUAGUGGUCAUAGUGGCGUUGUUUCCUCUCAAACACCUUCCAAGAAUAGCAAGAAUAACAAAUCGAUAGAUCCAUUGUGGGCAGAUCGUUUCUCAUCUGAGAAUUCCCUCCAGAGAGAAUAUGAAUCUCUCUUGAUUCAAAAAGAUUCUAUUCAAAAAGAACUAGACAAGUUAAUGGAAGAAAACGAUGGAUUGAAGCAAAAAUUAAUUUCACAGCAUGAAGUGUUGAAAAUGCUUCGAACGCGCGUAUUAACAGCAACUCAAGAUUUGAAAGAAUUACAAAACGAAAUGGAAAAUGUCCAGGUACAACAGCACUCUGCACGACAUAAUGAAAUUUGUCACGACAACAAUAGCUUGCUCAGUAUUGAAUAUAUAAUGAAUCAUGAAGGCGAUUUUACAAAUCCUCAACAAGUGAUUAAGAUUUUGAAAGAUCAUAUCCGAAAAUUGACAAGUCACAAAUAG